AUGGUGCUGCUGUACCGCGUCGCCAAGCCGGACAAUAGGGGACAGGAAGCAGUGCCGCCCGCCGUGUCAGGUCCCGUCCACUUGAGUCAGAUGGUGCUCGUCAUGGGCCCACUUGGAAUCAUUGCAGAUUAAGAGUUGUAGGCAAGAGCUCGCGAGCCAACGCCGUCACCAACUUGGAAAGCCGUGGGAUCUUCGUUUUGAUGACCUUCAGUAAGUUCUCUCCCCGUCUUGCAUGCAGACUGGCCCCCAUCGAGCCCCCACCCUGCUCCUCGGAGUCCCCAAAGACAAAGGCAAGAGGCACACCAGAAAGGUCCACUGACAGGUCUUGACAACGCUUCGUCUGUUGUGUGGUCAGAUGAUGGACAACCGGUUCACUCGCCCAUCUACCCAUCAUGGCAGCGGUCCCCCGCCCUCGCCCAACGCCUUCAACGACUUCUUCCACCCCGUCACCACUUGCCAGCAUGAUGCUGUGCAGCGGUGCCUCGAGAGAGAGGAUCCCACGCCCUACAUGCAGGCUACUGAUCAAGUCAAUACAGGGAGGGGGAUGCGUCAAUCACGUUUGGUGAGGGAGAGAUGCGUGGUUUGUGUGCCGCUGUGUCUGUCAGACGCUUAAGAUGUGUCUGCACUUGGCUGCCAAGGCGGGGUCUGCAGAUCUGGUGCACUUGUUCAUCACCCUCGGGGCCGCCAUCGAAGCCAGAGAGCCAAUCGGGAGGACGCCGCUGCACUUGGUAGGGCUGAAGAGACACACGGACAAAUAGACCGACCGACCGAGCGACCGACAGACAGGCACCCGACCGGCAUUGUAUCUGAUAGGCGUGUGAGUAUGGGCACAAGAAAGCUGUGGGGUGUCUGUUACACGCUGGGGCGAACCUGGAGGCCCGCGAUGGGGUGGGUACGCGUGGACAAGAAUACGCCACAUGAUGUGGCUCUUACGGCUUUGCGUCGUUGCAGCUUGGUCGCACGCCGUUUCAUCUGGGUUGCUGUUCGGAGAAUCGCAACGUCGUUUCCAUUCUUCUGCACUCGAAGCCAUCGCUCAUCCAUGCCACCGACAAGGUGACAAGACACGACAGACACAACGAGCAACGCCGCAGCUGCCUUUGCUGUGCCGUGCAGCAUGAGCGCACCGGUCUGUACUACGCUGUGUUGAGCCGUCACUGGAGCGGGCAGGACAUCACCAAGCUGCUGCUCGCCAAGGGAGCUGAUGUCAACGCUCGCGACCUGUACGGCCGCACCCCUCUCCAUUACGCAUGCGAGGUAUAGAAGGCGAGCAAUGAGGGGCAUUCAGUGACGCCUUCUCUUUUGCCCACAGGAUGGUCAGUCGAACGUUGUCCCCCUGCUGUUGAGGAAUGGAGCCGACCCGCACAUUCAGGACACUGUCGGCCGCAAGAGCCCUCUGCAAAUGGCCGCAACGCCACUCAUAAGAGACCAAAUCAAAAGUGAGCAUCCGUGUAUGAGAGAAUGGAUGUGCUACAUGUCUCUAUGAGUGCAGGUCAUCUGGGGCAGAAGGGCGAGCUCCCGGUGGCCGAGUCCAGGGCCAUUGAAGGCGCCGUGGACCAGGCCACCUCCCCUAUGCAGCGUGGAACGAUGCCCCAGCAGCCAUACAGCCCUCCUGCGGAGGACAAAAGGGAGAGGGAGCAGCAGCUGGCCGUCGAGCCAUCGCGACCAGGACCGAAAGAAGGUCAAAUAGUGUUAUCCACACACACAAAGGGAGCUGGGUGUUGUGCUGUGCGCUCAGGCCUGUCUGCGUUGUCUGUGUCGACGGGCCCUCUCCGCGAGCGGUUCAUGCGUCUGAUGCUGCAUGUGCAGCAGGGCGGCCUUGACGACCUGCAGCACAUCAAGCAGCCGCACCCGUUCACCGCCAGCUGGAUGGAGGCCAUACACACGCACCAACAGCUCUUCCAAUCCAUAUCAAAGGCGUGUGGUGUGUGUUGCGUGAGACGCAACGCAUACUGAAGAAGAUGACGCGUGACAUGUCUGUAGGUGUCGUCUGUCGAGACGGCACUCCGUGUGUUCAACCUUCUGCACCCACCAACGCACAUCCCGCCAUCAAAGGUGGGUGGGCCAUGCACGUGCAGCCACACAGACAGGGAGCCUUUCGUCUCCCUCCUCCUUCAUCUGCGUGUGUGCAGGGUGACGAGCACGAGAUCGCAGCGUCUACACGCAGUUCGGCCCCCUGCCAACGGUCCCACUCGCACUCAAAGACGCAACGAUCGAUGAAAAAGGAGGUCCAUAUACCCAGCAGACAACAGACACAUUUAUGUAUCCCCUGUGACAUUUGCCUACCUGUCUGUUGUGUCUGCAGACGAGCGUUCCGUUUUUCUGCCGGUGACUGCGCGUGAGCGUCAGAUGGUUGAGGAGAUAGACCGGCUGCUCAAGGACAGGGACGCGCACAAGAAGACCAUACACGACCUGCACCACACCAUACAAGACAUGAAGUGACACCCACCCACCGACAGACAGACGCACACACACACACACACGCCCUCGGUGUGUGGUUUCUCUUCUGUGUGUUGUUGAUGCAUCAGGUCUAAAGUGGAAGGAUCGUUCGAUGCGCGUGAGGUGGCUGCCGUAAAAGACGACACAGAGAGAAUGCGACAGGAGCUCACCAAGAAAGAACUUGCCCUCAAAGUAUCCCUCCCCAAUCCAAUACAGCAACCUGCCAUCUCUCAUGUCCUGUCUCUCUCUCCCAUCAAUCAGGACAUAGAGCAGCAGCUGAGGGCGGCCGAUCGCAGUCAGAGGUUCACGCAGGAGGAGCUGCAGCGCCACAUGAUGGAGGGAGGAGACCUCAGGACCAAAGUAAACCAUCGCGCACAGCAGUAGCGGGAGAUACGCAGCACCAUCUCAGUGAGUGUGUGUGGUGAUGCUGGCUAUGCAGAUGGCCAUGAUGGCGAAGCGGGCAGAGGGAUACGCCAAACAAGAGGCACACCUCAAGGUGAAAAAUCAACCGACCACAUAAAAACGCCCAGAGCUACUGUCGUGUGCCUUAUUGUGUGCUGUCCGCUCAGUUCCUUCGCCAGCAGCUGGAGAGUGUGCAGGAGGUGCUGAAGCAGGUGCAGCAGGAGAAGGUUGCCGCAGAAGGAGCUGCAAGUGAGAGAGGAAGCAAGACCCCACUCCACCCCUCACUUGGUCAUCUGUCUGUCUGUGCAGUCGCUGCCCGUCGUGACCUGGCCACCGCCCUGCAGGACCUGGAAUACUUCAAGAAACACGCUGGAUAG